CACAUUUUCGGCAUGUCUACAACAAGUGGGCGACGGAAAUGGCAGGCCAGGACCCGAGAUGAUGAUGUUCUCUCUUUUCCCUAUAUUCCAUGGCCGCGGCAAUUAGGACGAUGAACUGCAGUCCCGAUUUUGUGCUGGUAUCGAGGUCUGGACGUCAGUUCUCGGCCUUCUUCAAGUCGCACGUCCCGGGAGCGACUGACAAGCGAAGUGGCGGGACUGGAGCGGGUCCGGAAGAAUCUGUCGUCUGUUUCUCGGGGGUUUGUCUCCUGGGACUGGGAGGGAUCCUCAGUUCAAGAGUUCAGAACGCCACGUGCGGCUGUGUGAGAGCCCAACGUUAGUGUUCUCAAGAAAACUGUUGUUCCGGUCUGGCGGGGUAGAGCGGUGCAAGUAGGCCGUCUCCAGCGGAGUCGAGUUGUUGCCUCGCCCAGUGGCAAACCCUGUCAGGUUUCACAAGCUGCAACUCUGGCCACCUUUCCCGCAUCAUCGUUAGAGGCAUGACACCACGUGAUUGUCACGUGCACGGUUGCUAAUUUACCAUACCCUCCAAACC